AGGGAGCGAGGUCCGCCGCCGUCCCGGCAUGCAGCGCGGCGGCGACGGCGGUGGCGGCCGCCAUGUUGUGCUAGUUUGUUGUUCUCGGGCGGCGGGAGCGGGGCCCGCCGGGCGCUGAAUCCGAGCCCUUCCCGGCCCGUUGCCCGUGUCCUUCGCCGCGACACCGGCACCCGCCGCUCCGGCGGGCGGCACGGCGGCGCUGCCGCGACCCGCCGCUGCCGCCUGGGCCGGGCGCAGAGCCAUGGCUGCCGCGCUGGGAGGAGGCGCAGAUGAUGACUUUGAUCAGUUUGAUAAGCCUGGUGCAGAAAGGUCUUGGAGAAGAAGAGCUGGUGAUGACGACUGGGACAGUGAACUUGAUGACGACUUGCUUGGAGAGGAUUUGCUAACUGGAAAAAAGAAUCAGUCAGACUUGUCAGAUGAAGAGCUGAAUGAUGAUCUUCUGCAAAGUGACAAUGAAGAGGAGCAAGAAUUUCGCUCUCCAGGUGUCACAGUGAGCCUCAAUGCCACAUCUGGCAUCCUGACAUCAUACGAACUCUCGGAGUCCAUCAACGAUCCCUCACUGGAACAUGAGUCCGAGUAUGACCAAGGGGAAGAUGAAAUUGGUUAUGACAAAUCUGAAGCACCUGAAGAAUAUGCCUCUGAGUAUGCAGAGGAAGGACAUUAUGAAGGCAAUGAUCCUGAACUGACAGAAGACCAAAUAGAAUAUGGGGAAGAGCCUGGAGAAGAAGAUGAAGUGCUAGACCUUGAAAUCAAUGAACCCCUAGAUGAAUUUCCAGAUGAAGAUUACAUGCAAUCAUAUAAUGAGCAAGCAAUGGAAGAACAAGGAGAGUAUGCAGCUGAUGAGGAGUUGGAAGAAUCCCAGACAAUGGCUAAUGAAUCAGAAGAGGCAGCUAUUGGAUCUCUGGAACUUCAAGAAGAAACAAAAGAAGAAUCUGAUGAAGAGGAGGAUGAUGAUGAAGAGUCUGGACGAUUACGUUUCAAAACUGAACGGAAAGAAGGAACGAUCAUCAGGCUCUCAGAUGUGACAAGAGAAAGGAGAAACAUUCCAGAAACUUUGGAGCUUUCUGCAGAAGCCCAAGCAGCAUUACGGGAAUUUGAAGAGAGGGAAAGGCAGCUUAAGCAAGGCCGAUACGGCUCCAGAAGAGGAGGGAGAAGAGGAGGCUCAGUUAUGUGCCAUGGAAUGGGAGAACAAAGGAGAGACAAUAAUGAUAGGGGAAGAAUGAAGGAUCACAGGCCUGCACUGCUGCCAAACCAGCCAUCAGCAAUGACUCACUCACAGAGGUUAAUUCCAACACACCAGCAACCUGUUAUGAGUCUGUUCCAGCAGCAACAGCAGCAGCAGCAGCAACAACAACAACAGCAACAGCAGCAACAACAACAGCAGCAGCAGCAACAGUUACAAUCUCUGCUUCCUUUACAGCAUCAGCAUCAUUCUUCUCCUCCUCCAGGGCUACAUAUGCCCCCUCAGAUAGAAACACCUCGAAUAAUGAUGACUCCUCCUCCAGUGACACCUCAGCAACCGAAGAACAUACACAUAAAUCCACAUUUCAAGGGGACGGUAGUGACGCCUGUGCAAGUGCCCUUGCUGCCAGUUCCCGCCCAACCAAGACCUGCUGUAGGACCCCAGAGAUUUCCUGGCCCUCCAGACUUCCAGCAGCACGCGCCUGGACCAGUUCCGACCAACUUCUCCCAAGCCCCGAGGCUGCCAAUCCAGGACCAGUGGAGAGGGCCACCCCCACCCCCUCCACCACUCCCUCCUCCACCUCCUCAGGACAGAGAUCCUUUCUUCUUAGCAGAUCCGAGGUUCCCAGGUCAUCCCUUGUUCGAGCAGCGCAGCCCCCCGCCGCCUCCGCCUCCCCCGCUCCUGAACAGCGCCCACCCCGUUCCUACGCAGAGCCCGCUGCCCUUCAGCCCGCCCGGGCCCGCCUUUAGCCAGCAGGGCCAGCAGCCCGUGUACCCCCGGGAGCGGCCGGUGCGGCCCAGCAUGCAGCCGCAGGGCCCGGUGGGGAUCCUGCACUUCAACCAGCCGGGCUCUGCGGCCCCGCGGCCCUUCAUCCCCCCGCGGCAGCAGUUCCUGCAGGCGCCGGGACAGCCCUUCCUGUCCCCGCACACGCAGCCCAGCAUGCAGGGUCCCAUGCAUCCUCCAUUACAGCCUCAGCCACAACCUCAGCCUCAGCAGCACCAUCACCAGCAGCCUCAGCAGCAUCAUCACCAGCAGCAGCAGCAGCAUCACCAUCUCCAAGGGCCCCCGCAGCCCUUGAUGCCCAUGAACCAGCCACAGUUCAGGCCUCACAUGCAACCCACACAGCAGCAGCCAAAUAACAGGAUGCAGUGUCAGCCACGACAGGGUCCAAUGAAGCCAAGGCAUAGUACCCCAUCACAGAACAUUGUCAAGCGUUCGAAUCAGCAGCUGCAGUCGAGCGCUGCCAGGAACAGCAACCUGCGCGAGCUGCCCAUCGCCCCGUCCCACGCCAUGGACAUGAGCAGCAGCCGGCGCAGCUCCGCCCCGGCUGCUCAGGUCAAACCCAUCACCAGCACCGUGCCUGCCACCAGGUCUGCCACUGCUGCUGCCAACUCCCAGGGAAGGCCUGAGAUGAAAGCUAAACCAAUCACUCCAGUGGGCCAGGCAAAGUCAGAAGGAAAAUCUGAACCAGAGUAUCCAGACGAAGAUGAAGAAACGCGGUUGUAUCGUUUGAAGAUAGAGGAGCAGAAGCGGCUGAGAGAGGAGAUCCUGAAGCAGAAGGAGCUGAGACGGCAGCAGCAGGCUGGGGCCAGGAAGAGAGAGUUGCUGGAGAGACUUGCACAGCAGCAGCAGCAGCAGCAGCCUUGCUCCCAGCAGUCCUACAUGCAGCACGAGGAGGACUCCUCGGAGUUCCCCACCAACGGCAGCCCCUACAUACCCCACUCCGGCCUGCAGACCCGGCACAACGUGAAAAACAGACUCCUUGUUAGAAAGCAAGACGCGGUAGUUGCCAACAUCCACCCCAAACCCACAGACUUCCCCCAGGGCGCAGGGGACGGGCCGUACCAAGGACAGCAGAUGAAGCCAGUGAAGCAGCUGAGGCAGACCAGAACAGUUCCUGCCAGUCAGCCUCAGGCAGCACAGAAAGCGUUGCAGAGCAAACCUGCUGCAGCGGCGCUGCCCACGGCCGCCGCGGCUCGAGUGGCCUCCGUCCCCGCGCGGCCCCAGGAGCAGAAGCCGGGCGUGAAAAGGACUGUGAUGCAGCGGACAAACAGUGCUAGUGAUGGGCCCCAUGGCGGCAGCAAAGUCAGGGUCAUUAAGUUGUCAGGAGGGCAGGGGGGAGAGGAUGCUGGCUUUUUUCACCCAGAGGGCCAACCCCAGCGGCCUCAGCAACCCCCGGAGCCGAAACAGCAGCCAGUGCGGAAGGUCACAUUGACAAAGGGAAUGCAGCAGCACCAACAGCAGCAGCAGGCACAGAUCCAUUCACCAGCUCCUCAAGGAGUCAAAAACAUCCAGGGAAUCCAUCAACCUAAAAAGGUCAUUAUGCACGGCAGAGGCAGAGGAGUAGCAGGCCAGAUGGGCCGAGGACGCUUGAUGCCAAAUAAACAGAACCUGCGAGUGGUGGAGUGCAAACCUCAGCCCUGUAUUGUGUCAGUUGAAGGGCUUUCUUCAUCAACUACUGAUGUCCAACUGAAAAACCUGCUGAUGUCAGUGGGACCCAUUCAGAGUUUACAGAUGCUCCCUCAACAACGGAAAGCCAUAGCAAAAUUCAAGGAGCCAGCACAUGCUUUAGCAUUUCAACAGAAAUUCCACAGGCACAUGAUAGAUCUGUCCCACAUCAACGUGGCACUGAUUGUGGAGUGAUGUCUUCAAAGAGAAGCCCCUGCCCCUGCCUCAGUGUAGUGUGGAGCUACAGACUCACAGUGGGAAGUGCAUUGGGCUGGGAGCCCUGUCAGCUCAGUCUGUAACUGCUCUGUUGAACUACAGCAAGCACCAAGGUGACCUCCAGGAGAGGUGAAUUCCAGAGGAUCUGCAAAGGUGGAAUUUCUGUUCGGUUUCUUCACAUUCUGUUGUAACCACAUGGAAUUCUAGAAUUUUUUUUUUUCAAAGUGCUUUCAAUGCAUGUAGACAUUGUUCUUCAAGUUCCUACUGUGUGAUCACAGUGACUUGAGAGAGAACGAUUACAGCGAAAGAUUUAAAAAACUUUCUCCAUAGCAAAGAAUAUUUGAUAAUGGUUGCUCUUAUCUUCAGUGCAAGGUAUUUGAAUGAAAACUCAUUUUUCUAAACAAAUUAGUUGCAUUGUAUACCUGAGAGCACAGAAGGUAUUCUUGCAUAGAUUUGAACAUGGUCUGCUUUGCUGAAUAGCAGUUUGCUGAGAAGCUUUGGAGGUGACACUGGAAAACUGUAGUUUUGAUCUUUGUAAAUAAGUCUGUCUUUGCAUUUUUCUGUUCCAACAUAGACUUCCAUCUUCUCUUUCCAACUCCACUUAUUCCAUGAAACCCUGUGUAGGAGGAAUAACACUGCUGUAUUUUCCCUUGGUUUUUAAAAACGAGGAUCUUCGUCCUUCAGUAGCAUUGUGGGAUAGUGAACUCCGAGUUGUAAUUAGGUUGUUUUAAAUAAUUCUGCCAGAUGCAAGGAAAAAGAAAUAUUUGGUGGGUCACUUCAAAAAUGUUAUUCAGGAAGAGUGGUGCAUUCCUGAUAGUUCUUUUGGGCUAGUGUUUCCUGGUUGCCUCAUGCUUUAUUUUGAUCAGGCUUUUUUUUUUUUUUUGAGAUUUGUUUUGUGAUUAAUGAUGAACAGUAAGAAACCCAUAACUGAAAGGACUUGUUUUGAUGUGGUGUUCCUGAUACAUAAAGGACUAUAAGGACAUUGUGAAUCUCCUGGUGAAUGUGUCAGUUCCCAAAAAUGCCAUGCAAACAUUAAGGAGCUUAUAUUUUAUUCAAAGUAAAAUUCGUAAUAUUUCCUUUUGGUUAGAACCAUCCAGACGGGGUUGCCAAAGGAACAAUUUUUUCAGUUACUUCUGAAUAAACUUAUUAAAAUGUCAUCUUUAUAUUGGAUUCCAGUUUUUAUGAACAUUUCCUUAGUUUUUAGACCAUGAUGUUUUGCUUCAUGCUUUAUUUUAAAAAUACUCUUAAGCACUCCACCUAGUUUUUGAAGGGGGGAGGGACUUACAGAAGUGUAGGUUUGUUACCUGAGUGACUGCAGAAAAACACUAUGGGUGUGAAAUAAAAGAGCUGCAAAUGGGGUCCAAAAUAGGCAUGCCAAGCUGGAAGGGAUGAGCUAAGCAAAUUUAUAGGAUUUAUAGUACCUUUUUUUAAUAGUAUCUUUUUUUUUUUUUUUUUUUUAUGAUUUAAUGGCACAGAUACUUAAUUGGCUUUCUUCCAUUUUGAUCCAGAUUUUCAAUUAAGUAAAAGUUACCAAAAAUAUUGAGGGAACAAAUACUGUCAAAAGUCUUGUAAGUAGACCUGCUCUCUGUUCAUUGAAAUAAUACAGAGUAACAUGGUGCUUAGGAAAUACUCUUUAAGUCCAUUUGAAACUUAGUGACAGGACACAGUAGCAGAAUGAGAAUCUUUUCAUGGAAGCAAGAUUUACACCCACCUGUAUGAUUCAUGUAUAAUGUUUAGUGACAGCCACAGUUGCUGUACAUGAGGUGCUGUUAGUGCUUUGGGGUAGAGCCAAACCCAGGACAGAGCAUGAGCUGCAGGUAGGAAGUGCCCAGUGGGACCAACCCCAAAGACCUGCAGAUUGAUCAGCCCCAGGCUGUUUAACUCCUCACACCAUCAGCCCUGGGACCCCUACACUGCCUCCUCAGGUUAUGUCACUUUUAUUCUUAAGAAAUAGCUGCUUUUCUUUGAAACAAAGCAUUGAACAGUUGCUCAUCCCACUGUUAGGGAGCAGACAAGGAGACAUCUCAGAGUGGAGUUACAGUAGUGCAUGUCUGGAAAUCUGGGAUAGAUGCAAACAGCAGACAGGCCAGCAGCUGAGUUCAGCAGUAGGAACAUCUGCAGUUGAUCAGCUGUCCUGUCAGAAGCAAACAUUAUUGGGGUUAGAGGGUUUCUUGGAGCCUAAGAAUAUGGGUUUGAUUCAAAAGUCAAAGAAGUUUGUAGAAAUGCUCCUGCUUUGGGUUUUGAAUCCAUCCCAAAGAGCCUGAGGUUCAGCCAACUUAAGUUUUUAAAAUUUUUAUUCAGUUGGGCUUUUAAUUUUUUUUUUUGAGACAAAUGUGUGGCUUUGGAAUAAAGAUACAAAAUGGCCUCAUAUCUAUUUAAAUGAAGGAGUGAUGUGAGCAAUGUCUGUUUAAUGAGUAGAUGCAUCCUUUUUAACAGCAGUUGCAGAUUAUUGCUUGUGCAAUAGGCAGAGUAUGGGUGGAUUGCUGGAGGUUAAUUCAGCUGCUUACUGCAGUACCUGGGUACCUUCCUUCAUGUGAACAUACCAUAUGUAUGUAUGUCUAUAUUUGUUUUAUUAUACACAUACAUACAUACCCACACCCUGUGUUGUCACCAUAUCUAAUAUCCUAAAAAACUCAGUAGCAAAAGUAGCAGUUAGGUGAGUCAUUUUUUAAAAUGUUUGUGUUCUCUUACUUCUCAAAUCCUAACUUAAAAGUGGAUUUCUUGGCAUUGAUUGGUUUGGAUGAAACAGCUCCUUUAGAUCCAUUUGUUGUCUCCUCCCAAAAAAGCCAAAGGAAGUAGAAGUAAAGCUAGACAGACGUGUUCUUGAUGUGUUCUCUUCCAGCACAGAGUUAAAUCUGAGCAUUUUAAGUUAACUUUCCUGGAAGAUCUGUUGCAACCAUUAUCUUGUUCUUUCUUUGUAGUGAAUUCACAAUAUGAUGCAAAAUGGAAAAAAAAGAGAAGGCAUUUAAUGUAGUAUGUAAAUAUUGAACUUUUAAAAUUAAAAUGCUACUCAGAGUGCUUACAGUCAACCACAUCUUAGCUAUUUGUUAGUUUUUUGUGUUGUCUUAUCUAAAUUUAAAUGGAUAUGGUUCCAUAAAUGUUAAUGUGUUUUUGUGUAUAUCUUCAAAUUUUUAUAAAGAUGCUAGUAAGUCAAUACAUAUAUCCUGAUCUGUGUAUUAUUUGUUCAGUUUUUAUUAGCAUAAUUUUAUAAUUAUUUAAAUAGGCAACUCCAGUAGGUGGUUAUAUGAAGUCAGCUUUUUUUUUUUUUUUCUAAUUACUUCAUUUCCAUCUUGUACCACUGGAAAAUUCACUUUAUAACUAUUCAUAUUUUGCCUUGACUAAAAUACUGAAUUACC